UCUUUGAUCAGAAAACUUAUCGGGUCUAUCUUGAAUCGUAUUCAUUUUUGUUUUCUUUCCUUCUUAAACCGUUUUUAUUCGAUCGUCUAUAAUUUGGGUCCCGGAUUUUCUAGCUUUGAGCAAAUUAAAAGCUGCAUGGCUGAUCUAGUUUCAAUUGUCAGUUCUAUUGUCACGAUCGUUCAAGAGCAGGUCUCUUCUUUUCUCACGGAGAAGUAUCUCGAACUCUAUGGUGUCGAACAAGAGAUAGAAAAUCUGGAAAGGUUACUUAGAAAAAUUCAAGCCUCGGUUAAAGAUGUGGAAGAAAAUCCUUUGAUCUCUAACUCGAUGAGGGUUUGGCUUGAAGAUGUACGCGCAGCGGCUUAUGAUGCACAAGAUUUGUUGAACUCUUGGACGACAGAAUGUAACCUGCAGCUGGUGGAGAAGCAGGUAAAUAAACUCCGUCCUUUUAUUGCACAUAAGUUAUAUAACUUGCGUGUAUCGGGUGAGCUAAAAGAAAUUGUGGCAAGGCUAGAUAAGAUUUCCAAAGAGAAAAACGAGUGCCAUCCUGCUAGAGGGGUGGAUGUCCCUGAAAAUCCCUGGCGGAAAACUGGUUCUCUUCUAAACAAUUUAGUUGUUGGUAGGGAGAAAGAAACACAGGACAUGGUAAAAUUGUUGGUAUCCGAUACUGGAGAAACCAGUGCAGGGCAAAACAUUGCUGUCAUUCCCAUUGUAGGAAUGGGGGGUGUGGGUAAAACUACUUUGGCUCGACUUGUCUAUGCAGACGACAGGAUAUCCAGAUAUUUCAAAAUUAAGAUUUGGGUUCCGGUCGGGAAUAAUUUUGACUUAAACCAAAUUUUGAAAGAGAUUGUACUAUCCCAGAAUAACGAUCGCGAUGACGGCUUUUUCUCCUUGAAUAUACUACAAACCCGAGUUGUCGAUAUCUUGGCUGGUAAGAAAUUUUUACUAGUUCUAGAUGAUAUCUGGAUUAAUGAUUAUCAAGAGUGGCAAGAGCUGGAAAACGUCUUAAGUCGAGGGGGCAAGGGAAGUAGGGUUCUGGUAACUAGCCGACUCUCAACUGUUUCUAAGGUCAUGGGUGCAAAAGCCCCCUAUGAUUUACCAUGUUUUGAUGAUGAUGAAUCUUGGUCAUUGUUUGAAAAGGUUGUAUUUCAAGAAGGUAGUUCGACGGCCGAUGCACGUGAAGAAUUAGAAGCAUAUGGUAAAGAAAUUGCAAGAAAGUGCAAAGGUUUACCUUUGGCUGUCAAACAUAUAGGAGGCCUUCUACGUGGAAAUGUUGACGUUCAAGAAUGGAGCAGGAUCGUGAAGGAACUUGACGAAGAAUCAAACUCCAAAUCUAAAAGCAACACUAUUCUGCCUGUUCUCAGAUUGUCUUAUGAUCGUCUAUCUUACAAUCUGAAGCGGUGCUUCGAAUACUGUUCCCUAUUUCCCAAGGCUUAUGUAUUUGAUAAGAAUGACUUGAUCAAAUUAUGGAUGGCAGAAGACUUCAUUGAGCGUAAUGACAUCGACAGAACAGAGGAGAUAGGAAGCAGAGACUUUGAUGAUUUGCUAAACAGGUUCUUCUUUGAAUGCUCAAGUGAAGACAAGACAAAAUUUAGGAUGCAUGAUCUUAUUCAUGACUUGGCAAUAUCAGUCUCCACCCCCCUAUGUUUCCAAGUGAAGGAUAAGAAACUAAGUCGUGUGCCUAAAGAAUCUCGUCAUGUAUCUGUCUUUUGUAAAGACGUCGAGCAGCCUGCUUUGGAGAUAAUUAAAAGAUUGAAGAAUCUACGUACGCUUCUAUUUCCAGUUGAACACCUGAAAACUUUCGAUCAGGUCCCUGGCAAAAUAUCGAGUUCACUGAGAUAUUUGCGAGUUCUUGCCCUCAGUUCAAGCACAAUUCUGGCAUUGCCAAAAUCAAUUGAAAAUUUGAAGGAGUUGCGCUACCUUGACCUUUCAAAAACUGAUAUCAGAGAGCUUCCAGAAUCGAUAUGCAAACUCAUCAAUUUGCAGACGCUGAAACUCUUAGGUUGCCCUUGGCUUUUCCAAUUGCCCAGCAAGCUUGGAGCUCUGGUUAACCUGAGGCAUCUAGAGCUGGACGAAAUGUUUUGGAACAAGAUCUCCAUAUUUCCACCAAAAAUGGGGCAAUUGACCAAUCUGCACAAUUUGCACACCUUUGAGGUUGGCCGCAAUCCUGGACACAGAAUCGAGGAACUGAAGAAUUUGGUGUAUCUUACAGGAACACUGCGCAUCACAAAGCUCGAGAAUGCAGUGAAUCCAAGAGAGGCUAACUUGAAAGACAAAAAAAUGGUACAGAAGCUGGAAUAUGUGUGGAGCAAUGGAUCAAAUGUAGAUAAAGCGGGGGACAGAGACGCGCUUCUUGAAGACCUGCAACCACACUUAAAUGUCAAAGAGCUCGUAAUUUGUCACUAUAGGGGCAAUGAAUUUCCAACUUGGAUGAGAAAUGGGCUACUUAGUAACUUGGUUUCUAUUUCCUUGAGUCAUUGCGCAAGAACGAAAAUCCUCUCUCUCGACAAGCUACCCAAACUUGCAAAACUCCACCUUAUGAAUAUGCAGGAGUUGGAGGAAUGGUCCGAGGAGCGUUAUCCAUCCCUCAAAAGGCUUAAAAUCAUUGACUGUCCCAAGCUCAGAAAGUUGCCCUGCUUCUUCCCUAAGCUAGACGUUCUAAAGAUAAAAAGAUGUGAAUCAUUGGAUGCUAUUCCAUUAGCCCAACUGGAAGUUAUUACACUUGUGGACAAUCCAGUUCUACAUCAAUGGCCUGAAGAAGAUAUACCAUUCAGAAUUCAAUAUGAAGGUGGCGAAGAAGUCAGCAGCACACUGGCCUCUUCAACCUUUUGCCGCUACGUUAAAAUUGUCAAUUGCCCUGAGUUGUGCAAGCUGCCAACGGAACUCUAUCCACAGAGAUUGGAGAUAAGUGGGUGCAGGUCAUUGACUGACCUCCCAGAUGAACAGCACGCAGUACGGCUUGAGCAUAUAGCAUUAUAUGGAUGCCAUGACGAAACAUUGUUGGGAAUGAUACCCAGCACCAGCAGUUUAUUCUCCUUGGUCAUUUCAAACAUCUCAAACAUGAACUCUCUUCCCAAAUGGCCCCGUCUUCCAGGCCUCAAGGCACUCUACAUCCGUGACUGCGAGGAUCUGGAAUGUCUGUCCAAUCAAGAAAACACAUUGUCCCAGAGUUUCACCUCUCUUGAACUAUUGUCCCUUCGGAAUUGUCCCAAGCUUGAAACGUUGCCUGCUGAAGGGCUCCCCAGAACUCUUGGAUAUUUGAGUAUCGCCUUGUGUGCAAGGCUCAAGUCAUUUGGCCCAAAGGACGCACUUAAGAAUUUGACAUCUCUCCAUGAUCUUUACGUUGAGGACUGCCCUGAGCUCCAAGCCUUCCCAGAGGACGGUCUUUCACCCUCACUCCUUCAUUUGUGUAUUCAAGGAUGCCCACUACUUACAGAGCAGUGUCAAAAAGAUGGAGACCUGAUGCUGAAGAACAUCCCAGAUCGGGAAUUGGCACCCACCGAAAUUCCGAACUCAUCAUCAUCUUCGUGGCGGGGGUGGGGGUGGGGAAAAUUGCCCUUUAAAAGACAAAAAAUAUGACAAGGUUAAUUCAUAGCACAUUACAA